GAAUCCAGAUAAGAAGCGGAAGUGGGCGGGAGUGAGGAUGCUACUGGCGCGCAGGUGUCUGGGGAGGGGCGAAGAGGCAGCGGGGCGGAGGAGUCCCUGCGGGUAGUGCAUGGCGUACCCCGCAGGACCCGGGAGGCCGGGAAAGGACUGUCUCUGCUUCCCCGACCCCGGAGGAUGUUCGGGGACCUGGACCUGGGAGUCGCCGUGGUGGCCGCGCUCCUGACCGGCGUCGUUCUGCUCGUUGUCCUGAGGCGCCGAGGCCCGCGCCGACCCCCGUGCGCCGCGGGCUGGAUUCCCUGGGUGGGCGCCGGGCUACGGUUCGGGAAGGCCCCGCUGGAGUUCAUCGAGCAGGCCCGGGCUCAGUAUGGACCAAUAUUUACCAUCUUUGCCAUGGGAAACCGAAUGACCUUUGUUACUGAAGAAGAGGGAAUCGAUGUGUUUCUAAAAUCCAAAGAAGUAAAUUUUGAACUAGCAGUACAAUAUCCCGUCUACCGCACAGCAUCAGUUCCAAAGAAUAUCUUUCUAACACUGCAUGAAAAGCUGCAUAUGACAAUGAAAGGGAAAAUGGGGACUUUCAACAUGUAUCAGUUCAUGGGGCGGCUGAAUGAAGAAUUCCAUGAACAACUGGAAGAUUUAGGCCCUCAUGGGACAAUGGACCUGAUCAGUUUAGUGAGGUGUCUCCUUUAUCCGGUCACAGUGAACGUACUUUUUAAGAAAGGCCUGAUUGUCUCACACAAAAGGAAAAUUGAAGAUUUCUACUGGCAUUUUCAAAUUUAUGAUGAGGGUUUUGAGUACGGAUCCCAGAUGCCAGAGUGGCUGCUGAGAAACUGGUCAAAAUCCAAAAGGUGGCUCCUGGCACUGUUUGAAGAAAGCAUUCCAGAUAUAAAAGCAUACAAACCUGAAAGGGAUGACUGUGCGACGUUAAUGCAGGCUGUGCUGGAUGUGGUAGAGGGGGAAGCAGACAGGCACAGUGCGAGCUAUGCACUCCUGAUGCUGUGGGCCUCUCUGUCUAAUGCUGUUCCUAUUACCUUUUGGACCCUUGUGUUCAUCCUGUCCCACGGUGACAUCCACAAGACCAUCGUGGAAGGCAUCUCCUCUGUGCUGGGGGGAGCAGGUAGAGAGAAGAUCACAGUGUCAGAGGAUAAGUUGAAGAAACUCUUGCUAAUUAAAUGGUGUAUUUUGGAAGCCAUUCGUUUAAGAGCUCCAGGUGUCAUAACUAGGAAAGUAGUGAAGCCAGUGAAAAUUUUGAAUUACACAGUUCCAUCUGGUGACUUGUUGAUGUUGUCUCCAUUUUGGCUGCAUAGAAAUCCAAAGUAUUUUCCUGAUCCAGAAUCAUUCAGACCUGAACGUUGGAAAGAGGCAAAUUUAGAGAAGCAUGUGUUCUUGGAUGGCUACAUGGCAUUUGGAGGCGGGAAGUUCCAGUGUCCUGGAAGCUCAGCUGAGGAGUCAUGACUCACUUGGGGAAGCACAGACACCUUUGCAGAAUUGCGAUCAUUAUCUCCCCAGCCAUUCAUCUUGACACUUCACGUGCGGCCAUGAUUUAUGUCUGUCAAGAACCGAAGAAGCAAUUCAAGCGUGGUUUUUAUUAUGUACGCAAAACGUUCUUUUCUGACCCAGAUUUUCUGAAAGGAACCAAGAAAAAAAACCUCACAUGAUCAUCACAAAAAUGCAGAAAAAGCAUCCCACAAAAGUCGACCCUCUUUCUGGUGAAAGUGCUCAUCAAUCUAGGAAUGGGAGGAAAGCUCCAUGGUAGUGCAGUGCUGGCACAGAGGCCAACAUGCAGACCGAGGGAACCAACCUGGGCAAGUGCCCACUGGGCAGGUGAUUUCUGGCAAGAAUGCUGAGGCCUUGUGAUUUGAAGAGACAGUAUUGUCAGCCUGCAUCUCCAUGUGCGUAAAUAAAGGAACAAAGCUAGACCCUUACCUAACAUCAGGUAGGAAAAUCACCUUGGGCCUUUUUCCUGAAUAAGAAGGCUUGAAAGGAGUUACCCAAGGUCUCCAGAUAGCUUGUACAUCUGAGAGUUUCCCGUCUAGGACGAGGAGCUGCAAGAGCACUCUUAGCACAAUCCUGGCUGCAGUCUGGAAGAUGAGGCCCCGGCCUGAACCCAAUUUCUCAACAACACGGAAGAGGGUGUCACAGAUGGAGAAGGGCUGAGUUUCCCAUCCUUCCUAUCUGCUUUCUCUUCUCUAUUUCCACUUGUAAAUAUUUCCUGUUCUCUUCUGUUUUCAUGUUUUCUUCUUUUGCUUCUCUUCCCAUUCUAUUCCAUCUUACUCUCUUCAUCCAUCACAAAGCAUCUGCCUGCCCACUCGACCUGACUGUACCCUUACUACUAUUAUUCCCAGCUCAGUGUUUGACACCCCACCCAUAGUGUUUCAUGUAUCACUGAGAUACUCUUUGUAAUACGGAUAGUGUAUACUAAAGUUAGAAAGUUUGAUAAAUUACGUCUUCUAACAUAGUUUUCCUUUCUGCCUAUCAAGUUCCUUUAAAUGAGCAGGUCUUGUAAUAUGGUCGUCGUAUCACUGACAGUAACAGUAUCUGGAGACUUGUAGGAAAUGAGAUUCCCCUGCCCAGCCCCAGACCUCCUGAAUCAGAACCUGGGGUGAGGGCUGUGUUCCCACAAGCCCUCCAGGAGAUUCCAGUCAGGAUAAAGUUCCGGAACUGUGGGGUGGAGACUGUUUACCUCCUGCCACCAAACUGAUUUUAUCUUCCUAAAAGAUCUCUUAGGGGAACGAGGUUAUGGGAAAAGCGCUUCCCCUUGAACUUGAAUGGCUAUGAUCCCAUGCGUGACGCCUGCGAAACUGCGCCUGCGCACUGGCUUCACCCAAUUCCGGGCAAGGCAAGAGCGUGCUAUUUUCAUAAACUGCAGCUGGUAACAGCUCGGGACAUUUCACAGGUUCUGCGCCUGGCAACAGCAAUUGUUUUCCAGCCCAUGCUGUCAUUGCCUGCCGUGACUGCUAGGAGGAAAAGAGACUUUUCUCUCUAAAAGAGAGACUGAGUCUCAAAAUCAAAGCAUCUACACAGGCAGUCACUGCCACGACCCUCCACUCCCGCCUUCCUCCUGUCUCAUAGCUGUUUCUGUUCUGGUUGCUCAAGCUCUGGGAGUCCGCCUUUGCUUCCCCCAUUUCUGGCUUUCUCAGUCUGUUCCCUCCCCUGAAACCAGGUCUUCAUCACUCCAGCAUCAGGUGAUUUUUACUGUUUUCCAACUCUCUCCUUGGCGCUGUCUCUUUUUCGAUCCUCUUAGGCCAGGCAGAUUAAUGUUCCUGAAAUAAUAAUGUCUGGUUGUCCUCUGAUUAUUACCGGCACUGCUGCCUGCCACCCAAACUCCAGAGUCCAGGGCUUCGGGGUCCCCACCAUGCAACGCCAGCCGAGCCUUCCUAAACAUCAGUGGUCCCUCCUGCCACGCGAGACACCCUGCCGGUGCCAGGCCCAGGUUCCCCACCGCUCUCACUCAGCAAGUCCGCUUAGUUAAAGCCUGUCCUUCCUCCGGGUCCUGCUCAGGUUUCCCCUGCACACACCACCAGGUCAGUGUGGUCCUGCCAGACUGCGAACCCUUGCCGCCCCCGGGCUCCCUCCGCUGCAUCCUUCCUUUGAUUGUUAGCGUGCACUGUUACCUUACCUCCCUGUUCAUCCCAAGCGCUGUGUUUUGUAUUCUUCAUGCCUGUGUAAAAUUCCCAAAUACCAAGUAGUUGAGGAAUCUUCAACGUGUUUACAUUUUAAUGUGUUUUAUUUGUAGAUGUGUGAUGUUCUUGUGAGUGUAAAAAAAAAAAUCUGGCACAAA